AAAAAAAAAAAAAAGAAAAAAAAAAAGAUCGAGCAAUUCUUAUCGGAAAGAAGUUCUUUUGUGUUCAAAUAACCAUAUAAAAUUGUUCUAUAGCUAGUUGUUGAAAUGCCCUUGGGUGACGAAAGAGAGCAUACCCUAAGAGAAGUAGCUGCUUUAGGCAAUAUAAAAGCAACACUUCACCUAGCUCAUUCGGGCGUUAACAUCAAUUCUCAAAAUGCAAUGAAUGGCUGGUCAGCUUUACAUUGGGCAGCUCAUAGAGGCCAUGAGCACGUUGUUACAGCGUUGUUGAGAAGUGGGGCUGAUCCCUUUCUCAAAACGAAUAAAGGACAAACCGCGUUGGACUUGGCUGUCAAGUACGAACCUGUAACAAAAAUUUUGAAAUUAGCAAUGGGAGACCAAGCUAAAGUAUCUGUAGGACCUGAGCCAGCAUUACCUAUUGUACCUACUUAUAUAAAAAACCCUGAUUUGGAAAAGACUUGGUUAAUGCCGGACGAAUUCUCUGAAAACAAGAUUGAAAAUGUGGUGAGGAGAGAAAAAGCAGCCGAAGCAUUGGCGAAUGACAGUACAACGAAACAGUCAACAACAUCAGCGCCACAACACAGUAGAAUAGAUGUUCAUAACACCGUUAAUGAGAAAGAGGUUUUGGUUUAUCUAAACGAACGAUCAGAUGAUAAUUUAAUUGGUUCUGUCUUUUUACGAAACGAAAGCAUGGAUGCCGUCAUAAAGCAGAUCAAAGAUGAAUUGGAUGCCUUACCAGAAGCAUUUAGUGUUUCCAGGAAUAAUGGAAAAGUAACCAUUCCUAUCAGCCCUAAACAAAUGAGCAAGCGACUUUUAGAUAUAUUUCGAGGUGAAGAUGAUGUACUUGUGUUGAUUCCUUCCUAGCAUUAUUAUGAUGUAUAUGUAAUAAAUCUUUACGUUGAUAGUAUUCUCUGUAUAAUAAAUUCAUUUCUCAAAUCAUUGUAACUGACA